AUGAAGUUCACAAUCACUUCUGUCGCCGCCCUCGCCAUGGCAUUCGCUCCCCUCAUCUCUGCAGCUCCCGCUCCAGUAUCUCCAAACGAGCCAGAGCUCGUCCGCCGUUCAAACUCAGGUGACUUGACCUACUACGAUGUAGGUCUCGGUGCCUGUGGCUGGACCAACUCCGAUUCCGAAUUAGUCGUUGCCAUGUCAGCAGGGCUCAUGGGAACUCAAUCCAACGGCAACCCCAACUGCGGAAAGAGAAUCAAAAUCAACUAUAAGGGAAAAUCCGUCACCGUGAAAGUCGUCGAUAAAUGCAUGGGCUGUGCUUAUUACGACUUGGAUUUGAGCCCUGCCGCAUUCAAGGCUUUGGCUCCUGAGUCUGCUGGUCGCGUCAAGGGCACCUGGUAUUUUGUAUAG